AUGAAGAAAGAUAGAGAACCAAUAGACGAAGAUGAGAUGAGAAUUACAUCAACGGGUAGGAUGACAAAUUAUGUAAAUUAUGGUGCAAAAAUAUUAGGAGAAGAAGAUAAAAAGAGUUUAAAAAUAAAAGCUACAGGUAAUGCAAUAGGAAAAGCAGUUACCUUAGCAGAAAUAAUAAAAAGAAGGUUUAAAGGUUUACAUCAAAUUACCAGAUGUGGAAGUACCGUAAUAACAGAUCAGUAUGUAAGUGGACAAGAUAACAAUGAACAUGUUGUUCAGGAAAAAACAGUAUCUUUUAUUGAUAUAUUAUUAUCAAGAGAACAAUUAGAUGUAAAAGAUGCUGGGUAUCAACCACCUUUAGAUGAGAAAUAUGUAAAAGAAAUGACAACAGAAGAGAUAGUAAAUAGUAGACCAUUUAGGGGUAGAGGAUUUAGACCAAGAUUCUUUCGAGGUUUUAGAGGAGGUAGAGGAGGAGGGGGUGGUUUUAUGAGAAGAGGUGGGUACAGACCAUUUGGUGAUAGGAUGUAUGAUGGUAGAAGUGGUUUUAGAGGAGUCAGAGGAUACGGUGGUGCUUUUGGUAGAGGAGGUUUUAGAUCAGGAGGUAUGCCCAUGGGUGGCAGAGGGGGAUAUAGAGGUGGAAGAGAUGGUGGUUAUAGAGGAAGAGGUGGAUUCAGAGGUGUAUUUAGAGGUGGCAGAGGUGGGUUCAGAGGAUGA